AUGGUGAUGGCAGCAGCAGUUGGCGUGCCGGAUUCUCCGCCUGCUGCCAAGUUGCCGCCCGGAGCAUACUACGCCCUCACCGUGCUGACGGCCCUGAACGUCAUCAACGUGUGGCAUCGCUACCUCGUGGCUUGCUCGACGGAGCGGCCUGGUUGA